AUGUCAAAAAUCUUAAACCUAGACUAUGCUGCCCUUAAUCUCUCCGGAGACAACUAUUUGCAAUGGGCACUUGACACAAAGAUUAAUUUGAGGUCAAAGGAACUUGGUGAUGCUAUCAUCGAGGGCAACAAUGAGACUGAUAAGAAUCGGUACAGGGCUAUAAGUAUUAUACGCCACCAUCUCAUUGAGGGUCUAAAAGAUCAGUAUCUCACCAUGGAGAAUCCACUAGACCUUUGGACCGCUUUACAGCGACGAUAUGAUCACCAGAAAAUGGUGCUAUUACCAAAGGCUAAACAUGAGUGGAAGAAUCUCAGAUUCAUGGACUAUAAUGAGAUGAGACCCAUCGGAACAGCAGCAUUACCAGAAGCCAAUGAGGCUGAAAAGAAAGAUCCCAAAGAGUGCAACCACGUCCAUGAUGAUAAGAGAUCACACGGCAAAGGCCGUAGUAGAUACAAAGGACAUGGCCGUGACAACUACUCAUAUGGCCGGCAAGGAAACCACAAUAACCGUGGUCGUGGUUCCAGCUAUGGCCGUGGCCGAGGCAGUUAUGGCCAUGGUCGAGGCGGCAUAUCCAAACCGUCUAACUCGACCAAAUCAGCUUGUCACUGA